AUGUUCGAGGAGUUCAAGAAGAACAUGAUCAAGGAGUUCGAGAUGACUGACAUUGGAGAAAUGUCAUACUUUCUUGGAGUAGAAGUGUCGCAAUCAGAGAAAGGAAUCUUCAUCUCUCAGAAAAAGUACGCAAAGGAGAUCAUUCGGAAGUUCAACAUGAACAACUGCAAACUAAUUGCAACUCCUGUCGAAGUUAGAGUGAAGCUGAGGAGAGACUCACCAGGAAUCUCUAUUGAUCCAACUCUAUACAAGAGUUUAGUCGGGAGCUUGCGCUACCUAACCAUCACCAGGCCUGACAUAGUGUUCGCGGUAGGACUGGGGAGAAGAUAUAUGGAGGAGCCAAGGCAGGAGCAUUUCAAGGUCGCCAAGAGAAUUCUCAGGUAUGUCCGAGGAAGUAUUGAUCAAGGAUUAUUUUAUACACGGUGUACAGAUUCGAGAUCAGUCGGCUACACCGACAGCGAUUAUGGUGGAGAUUUAGAUGAAAGAAAGAGCACAUCUGGCUACAUGUUCAAUAUCGGAUCAGCAGCAUUCUCAUGGUCAUCAAAGAAGCAGUCUAUCGUCGCUCUAUCAAGUUGCGAAGCUGAAUACAUAGCAGCUUCAGCAUGUGCGUGUCAAGCAAUAUAG